AUGUCAGAAGUGGAUGAAUGCUGGAAUGGAUGGAGUGUAAAAUCCCGAUAUAAAGAACUUGAGGAUGCAGGGACGAACGGGGGCAGUUGCCAUGGUUGCUAUGCCUCUAGGAAAAGCGAAUUACAGGCUGCAAUGCAACCAUAUAAGUUAUUCGAGAAUGUAGUUCAGAAAAUGAUGAAUGCCUGGUGUUAUGUAAAUAAGAAGACCGGAAGUGAAAGAUCUAAGUAUUGUGACCUCUUUUAUUAUUGGCUCGGGAAUUUAAUUCUUAAGACACCGAAUAAUGAUAUAUCCGUUCUGAAAGUUGCUAUGGAGACAAUUUACGAUAAACUGCAGCAAUGGAAAAAAAUGGACGAAUGCAUGAAGUGGCCAAAGGUGAAAAGAGAAGAAUUCUAUAACUUGAAGAGGCUGCACGACUUUGUACAGGAUUUUACAAAUCUGGACACAAAAAUAGGUACGACGGAUGAAACAUGCUUGAAGGAGUACAAAAAUUACCUGGAGGAAGUUUCUCCUACCUAUAUCAGUACGCAGAGUACAUGUCAAGGUAGAUGGAAGCAGAAUGAUCCAUACUGUACCGCAUGGAAGGAAAUGUGGAAUACUCAAGGGAGUUUACAAGGGGAGAAAUUGAAUGAACUCUCAUCAAAAGUAAGGAGCAAAUUACAGGGAUCAGUAACUGGGGAGACCAUUUCGCAGGAACAAACAGAAUUGUCCAAUUCUGCCAAAGGUGAUACAGGUCCGGAAGUGCGGGAGGAUUCGAAUAGUUCCCAAAUGGGUGCAGAGUCAGCUGCAUCAGGAACAGCAGUAAGAGGGCCAGGGGGACAGGGGGAAUUUCCAUCCAGGGCUGGUCCUGGUCUUGAGGACGAAUAUAGUGAUCACGGAAAUACAGUAUCUUCCCUUAAUGGUACCACUUCCCCAGAAAACAACAACACCAGUACCACCAUUCCUACCACGCCCAUUAUAUCCUCAGUAAUUCCUCUUGUAGGACUACCUACAAUCGCAUUCCUUCUUUACAAGUACACUUCCAUAUUCUCCCCUAAAAAUAACUCCACUAACAGGGGGAGAAGGUUUGACCAACAAAAUUUAAAUACAUUUAUGGAUAGUUCGACAGAGAACUCAGCAUUACAGUCAACAUUAGACCCAACAUUAUACUCAACAUACGACUCAACACGGAGUUCGUCCUACAACUCGACAUACGAUUCAACGAAUUUUUCGGGGGGCAACAUAACGGACAGUGCAACAGAGCAUUCAGGAGAAUACUCAACAACUGUUUCAGGACCUGAAUCAACGUACGAGUACAGAGAUGGGAAUUCUACUAUAUAUAACAGACAACCCAGAAAAGUAAGAACAAAUAAGAAUACGCAGCGAAGAAAAAAUAUAGGUUAUCAUCGUAUGUAA